UGGUUUUAUCAUGACUGGUGGGUCUUUCUUGGCUUUGGCGCGCUUUUAGCGUUUGAACGUUCACGUCAGUUUUUUUAACAGCCAGUAUUUGAAUCAAAUAAUGUUACAUUUUCAAUAAAAAGUGAAUCAAAUAAUCUACCUAGCGAUAGGUGGCGCUAAUGCACUUAUGUAUCUGCGAUCUGCUGCUCUUAAACUAAACGAGGAAGUCUCGGGGAAGCCAAGACUAAAGGCAAAGGACUUUAUCACAGGGUAACGUUGAGUCUUCAAAGCUGAGUUCUUCUCCAACUAUACAGCAGUUCUCCCACAGUGAAGCUUCACCAGUAAAUGCUGAAAUAUUUCCAUCAAGAAGUGAAGCAAAGUUUGUGAGAGAACAGUGGGAACAUGAGUGAUUCAGGAGCCUGCACAAUAAAACAGGAAGACACUGAAGAACAAAUAGACUUGUUAAAUGAGAAGAGGGAGAUUGAAGAUCUGAUUAAAAGGGGAGAGAAACAUCACAUCAAAACAGAAGAAAACCUUCACAGUAUUUCAACGAUAAGAAAAGACAAUCCAUGUUUCACAUGCCUUCAGUGUACAAAGACUUUCUUAUGUCAGGAAGAUCUUAAUCUUCACAUGAAGAUUCAUAAAGAAGUGAAGCCACACACAUCUGAUCAACAUGAGAAGAUUUCCAAAGGAGAAGUAACAGAUAACAUGAAAGUCCACUCUGAGGAAACGGUGUACAAUUGUGAUCAGUGUGACAGGACGUUCACAGAUAAGAGAAAUUUAGCCGCACACUUGAAAUUUCACAGCGGAGAGAAGCCCUUCAUGUGUGAUCUGUGUGGGAGGAGUUUUCUUUAUGCAAAUACAUUAAAAAAACACCAGAAAUUACACAGCGCUGUGAAGGAUCACGUCUGCUCCAAGUGUGGCAAGAGCUUCUUCACAUAUAGUCAAUUAAAAAUCCACCACACAGCUCACGCUACAGAAAAACCUUUCAAAUGUUCUGAAUGUGGCAAGGGGUUUAAAUCAUUACAGUGUCAACGAAUACAUGAGUUGAUCCACAGUGGAGAAAAGCCACACAAGUGUGAUCAGUGCGAGAAGACUUUCAGACAGAAAAAAAGUUUAAGUUUACACAUCAGAAUCCACACUGGAGAGAAGCCGUACACGUGUGAUCAUUGUGGGAGGAGCUUCAGCAGAAAGGAAACCCUUAACAGUCACUUGAAAACCCACUCUGGGAAUAUGCUGUACACUUGUGCUCAGUGUGGGGAGGGUUUCUCAAAUGUAGGAAAUUUUACUGCACACAUGAAAACUCACUUCGGAGAGAACCCUUUCUUAUGUGAUCAAUGUGGGAAGGGUUUUCCUAAUAGGACUGCGUUAAAAAAACAUCAGAAUAUACACAAAGGUUUGAAGGAUCAUGUUUGCUCUACAUGUGGCAAGAGUUUUUUGACAAACGCUAUUUUAAAAGCGCAUGAAAGACUUCACACUACAGAAACGCCUUAUAAAUGUUCACACUGUGACAAGGCAUUUAAAUUAAUGCAGUAUCUGAAAAUACAUGAGAAGAUCCACACUGGAGAAAAGCCGUACUCCUGUGAUCCAUGUGGAAAGAGUUUCAGACUUAAAAGAGAUCUGGAUGUACACAUUGAAAAACACACUGACAAGAAGCCACACAAAUGUGAUCAGUGCGGGGCGGGUUUUGCCAGAAAAUUGAGUCUUGCUAAUCACAAGAAGAUCCACACCGGAGAGAACACAUGUGAUCAGUGUGGGAUGAGUUUUGCCAGAAAAAUGAGUCUUGAUAAUCACAUGAAAAUCCACACCAGACGGAAGUCUUUCACAUGUGAUCAUUGCGGGAUAAGUUUAGCCAGAAAGGAAAGUCUUGCUAAUCACAUAAAAAUCCACACUGGAGAGAAGCCGUUCACAUGUGAUCAUUGCGAGGCGUGUUUUGCCAGAAGGGACAGCCUUGCUAAUCACAAGAAGAUCCACACCGGAGAGAAUCUGCACAAAUGUGAUCAGUGUGGGAAAAGUUUCAGAAGAUAUAGUGUUUUUAAAGAUCAUCUGCUGACUCAUUCUCGAAAACGAAUCUAUAAAUGCGACCAGUGCGAUAAAAGCUUUUUUAGGCCAAGUUUUCUGAGGGACCACCUGAAAAUUCAUACAGAUGAGAGGCCAUACGUGUGUUAUUUGUGUGGGAAGAGUUUUCGUUAUACGAGUGGAUUAAAAUCACACCAGAAAAGGCACAGCGGUGUGAAGGAUCAUGCUUGCUCUGAGUGUGGCAAGACUUUCUAUUCUGUUAGUGCACUAAAAGGUCACCAGUCAGUUCACACUACAGAAACACCUUAUAAAUGUUCAUACUGCGACAAAAGAUUCAAACGGUUACAAUAUCUGAAAAUACACAAGAGGGUCCACACUGAAGAAAAGCCUUAUCCGUGUCAUUCGUGUGGGAAGAGGUUUACUUAUUCUACUACUCUGUACAGUCAUAAAAAAAGUUCAUGUCUGAAAGCAAAGUAGAUUUGACUUCUGAUGGUGUAUUGUUAGUGUAAUAUGCACCAAUUCUAAGUAGUAAAUAAAACAAGGAAAUCAAUUCUGCUUUUGAGCGCAUAUCCUUGUACUCAUUUUUGUGGAAGCUGACCAACAAAUUGUGCAGAAUUACUUGAUGACAAAAUUGCAGUUGAAUCCAGCUAACAAUCAAAUCUUUGUAAAACUAGGUAAUUUCCGAUUGUUAACUUGUGUGUUUACUGGAUGUUUUUGCCAGUGUUGCCAACUAUUUCCAAUGAAAAGUAGCUAAAGCCUGCCCGAAAAGUAGCUAAAUGUUGAUAGAUGAUGUCACGCACUAAUUUGCAUAUCAGUGACAUCAUCACAUAGCAUCUGACGAGCGUAAGCCCGUUAUGUCUCUCCUCUCUGAGGUGCCAUGUACUAUAUUAUAUUAAAACAUUACAUCCAGAUGCACAAUAAAUAGCUUCUCAUUGACAUAUUACUUUGAGCGAUGACAUCAUUGCGUAAUCGCAACUCAAAACUACAUCUUUAUGUAGUAUACAAAAAAAUAAUGACUGGCCAUCUCAGCAAAAACAUUUGAAAUAUGUUCGUUUAGAUUUGUAUGAAAAAUAGAGUUGACUAUUUGUAAAAGAAGGACAAACGUAGUUUUUGAUCAUUUUUAUUUUUUAAUAUAACACUGAUAAUGAACAGUUACAUUCCUUUAAACAAUCACAGCUUGUGUACUUACUCCUUUUAACUUGUGAAAUUAACACAAUUGUGAAAGUGAUAACAAUUAUAGCACUAUUGGAAUUUAUUGCUACCUAAAUUACCAACAAUUAUACAUGUUAACAGAUCUCAGUAAACUACCAUGUUAUAAAAACAAUCUGAGCUAGCAGUUUACUCUACUGAGUGGAGCCCGCAUCCACUGCUCUUUGGAGUCACUUUUUAAAAAUUGCUAAAAGUAGCCAGACAAAUGUUAAAAAUGGCUAAAUUUGUUGCUAAGUGCUUUUUGAAAAAAAAAAAGUUGCUAAAUCUAGCAACAAAAUUGCUAAGUUGGCAACACUGGUUUUUGCAUAGACGCGUCUUGUUUGCGAUAACAGUCUAAAAGGAGUUUUUUUAAUAAAGUCAACUUUAAUAUGAAUUAAAUGCAUAACUAUUGUUUAGACAUGUUUAAUCCCCUGAAAUUAGUGAAGGAUGUUAAUCCGAGCUGUGUUUUUUUUCCAUCUAGGAUAGUGAUAAGUCAAUUUCCCAGAAAAAAAACUCAUGUUUUUGGUCACUAUUUUGUAUUGAUGGUAUGAAAUGUAUAGCCAAACUCUAUGUAUCUGCAGAUAUCAUUCUUAAUCAUACACUAUGUAUCGGCAGAGACUUUAAUAUUUUGUUGAUUAUAUGAUUUUUAUUAU